CACAUAAUUCCUUCCACGCCCAAUCUUACAAAUCUACACAGAAGGACGCAUCUAUUUUUUCCAUUAAAAACACGAUAUUAAUUAGUUCCCCGCAUAUUAUCGCUCAUCCUCAAAAAUGAAGCUGUUGGUUGUCGGGAUUAUACCCCUCAUCGUGAGUCUAAUAGGAAUUCUACAACCAGCGUCCAGUACCAAUCUUCAGCCAUGCGUCCCUUCCAACAAGUCUUACUCCAUCGGCGACUCUGACCAGUGUGACAAAUAUUACUCCUGCACAAAGGCAGGUCAGUUAGCGGACCGCCUCUGCGACGAUGGGUUUGUCUACUCCUUGGAAAUUUCAGCAUGCGACUACCCGCACAAUGUAAACUGCAGUGAGCGACCACUACUACAACCCACCAAGUCGACACAUCCCAACUGUCCCAGGUCAAACGGAUUUUAUGCAUUUCCUGCUGCGACGUCAUGUCAGUCCUUCUACCACUGUCUGGAGGGUCAAGCCUACGAGAAAACUUGUCCAGAAGGCGUCAUCUUUGACCCAUCCAAAGGAAGCUGUAUCCAUCCUGACAUGUCAAAAAGACCAGAAUGUGCUGCAAAGGAAGUUCUCCAUUUCACUUGUCCCAAUUCACUGAACAGAUUUGCAAAACUCCGGUUCGGGGAUCACGACAGACAUUCACAUCCAGACGAUUGCCGAAAGUUCUUAAUUUGUUUGAAAAGUGGGAAGCCGAGGGUUGGAGGAUGUCCCAAGGGGAGGGUGUUUAACGGAGAGACUGGAUUUUGCGACAAACCUGAGGCAGUUAAAGGAUGUACCGAUUACUACGGUAAAGCAAAUAUUCAAGACCUUAUCGAAGACUCUGAUGAACCCGAAGAUUUCGACUUUGACGGGGAUCUUACAAACAACGGAAAUUUUAACCAGAAGAAGCCAGCCAACAAGAAUUUAGCCAAGACUGUUGUGAAGCCUUCGCUAGCCAACAAAGAUACAAAAGAGAAUGAAGUUGAUGCAGCUUAAUUAAAUAAGUAUUUAUCUUUUAAUGUAAUGAUUUUAAUUUUAGUAACCAUUGAACAAGUUUCAAAUUCGAGAAUCUUAUGAAAAUAUAGACUGUGAUAUCUUCUAUUUAUUUUUAUUUUGAGCACAACUUGGCUCAAAUAAACGUAACCUCAAAAUACUCAACUAAUUA